UAUACAGGCCCUGUUGGCCACACGGUAUUAUGAAACCGGCGUGGUAAACGUCGGUGCCCGUUCGAUCAGAGAAGAUCGAAAAUAAUAGGAACUAGUUGAACAUGAUGCCAAUAUGAUGUGACAGUAUGAUCAUUGGAGUGAACAAGCUUAGAAACAGAAGAUGCUGAUCUUAAGAUGGCUGCAGAAAUCAUCAAAGCCUGUUCAGCAGGUUUUGUCCAGAUGCGGAAAAGUGAUAUUCGGCAAAAAGUAUUUGCUUGUGACUAAUGUCAGUAUAACUGUGGGAUUGUCUUGUACUGGAGACUUCCUGCAGCAGCGGUACCAGAUAAAGACAAAGGAAACAAAGUCUAUGAAUUUGACUCGCAGCAAACAUGUGGCAGCUUCUGGACUAGUGAUAGGACCAUUCUGUCAUUACUGGUACAUAUUUCUGGACAAAUGGCUUCCUGGUAAGACGACCAAAGUUGUGCUAAAAAAAGUUAUUGUGGAUCAGCUAAUUUGCUCUCCAAUAUAUAUUUCUUUGUUUUUAAUAACAACUUCUGUGCUGGAGAGAAAGUCUUGGGAAGAAACCAAAAAGGAAACUACUAGUAAAGGUGCCACCCUUUAUCUGGCUGAGUGGAUUGUGUGGCCCCCUGCUCAACUAAUUAACUUCUCCUUUUUACCAACAAGAUACAGGGUCCUCUAUGACAAUUCAAUCUCACUUGGAUUUGAUUGUUAUUUCUCUCGUGUCAAAUAUGGAUGUACGGAAAACGCAAAUGAAACCUGAAGAAAUCCAAGUUUGAUCGUUUACUUGAUUAACUUGUUACCUUGCCAGAACUCAACAAUGAUGUUGACAUGACCCAUGAACAAUAUUGCUUAAUUAUUUUUUCUAUUAUUAUUACUUUUAAAAUGACAAAUAAUAUACAUGUAUUGAAUGAAAAUUACUUUGUUUUGAUAUUGUGCAAUUUGUGUACUGAAAGAGUUCUGCUUGGGAUUGAUAUCCCAUAAGGACUUCAUGUUGAUAAUCAAGAUAUGAUGAAUGGGGAGCAUGUUGUUGUUUUAUAACUUGUGAUAUCUAAUAGAGUGAAAGGGUUGUUAGAUUUUUUAUGUUGGAAAAAAUGGACUCCCAUAAAAACGUUAUGAAUAUA